AGCUCGCACGUCCAGACAUGCAUGCGAACCGGCUCAAGCGUUGGCUCGCCUUGUCUGCCCUUCUCGGUGCGGCCCGCGCGCAGCCAGCCUCCCCCGGGCUACCCAGCAGUUUUCCUCACGUCUACCCGGGCAUGCCAUCGGGUAACUUCAGCCCCGAGUGGCAGUCCUAUUUUCAGGUCACCCAACCGCUACCUAACGUAACAUUUCCGCUGGGACGUAAUUGGGCGGGUAACAUUCCUGUCGACCGCCCUGGUCAUCCGAACGACACCCUAUUCUUCUGGGCCUUUGAGAAACAAAACGGUUCGCUGACUGCCAAUGCCAGCGAGAGCACUGAGCCCUGGGGCAUCUGGUUGAAUGGAGGACCAGGCUCCUCAAGUCUGCUUGGACUGUUGUUCGAGAAUGGACCUCUCCACAUUCGGGACGAUUAUUCGAUGUUUUCAAACAACUUUAGCUGGCACCAGCUUGCGGACUACGUUUGGGUUGACCAGCCGGUUGGAACAGGAUUUUCGACUGCCGAUUCCACUGGAUAUGUCGCUGAUGAGGAUCAAAUGGGCCAGGACUUUAUGAAUUUCCUUGCCAAUUUGGUGAAGGUAUUCCCGAGUUUGGCAACGAGGCCCCUGUUUCUAACUGGCGAGAGUUACGCUGGUACUUAUAUCCCUUAUAUCACCAAGACGUACUUCGGAAUGGAGAAUCCACCAGUGAACCUCUCGAGAAUUGCCAUUGGCGACGGCACGCUCGGAAGCGGCGCUGAGUUCGAGGAGCUGCCCACGCUUACGGUCAUCGAGACCUACCCCCAGUUGAUAGGCUAUGACCAGCAAGUAUAUGCGUACUUCAAAGAACAGUCGCACCUGUGCGGAUACGACCUAAACAUGACGUACCCGCAGAAUGGCACCUUCCCAACCUUGAACCCCCCAUUCCCCAAUGGCAUUGACACGCUAGAGACGCGGCGCAAGGCAGGCAAAACGAUUCUCUUCAAGCAGUCGCUCAAACAGGAUAUCCUCGAGCGCCGCGCAGGCGUUGUCCGGCGCAGCACGCCGUUCGACGAGGAGCGACUCGCGAAGCGCGACCAGUGGAAGCGGGACCUCAGCGGACGCGCGAAUGGCACCAUCGAUCCGUUUUAUGAGUGCGACCUCUACGACGAGAUGAUCGACUAUGCGCUCAACUUUAGUCUGCCGUGGAAGGGGAAUGAUCCCGAGAAUGGCUUUGAUGUUUACCAGAUUCCAGAUGCUCUAGACCCUGAAGCUCCCAUGGAUGGUAGCGUCUUCUUGAAUGAUAACAGCACGCGCGCCGCUAUCCACGCACCAACGAGCAAAGACUGGCAAGAAAGCAUCAACUAUCCAUUCAACAAUAGUAAUUCUGGCAUCGAUCCCAGCCCUGAGCCGAUGGUGUUCCUGAACGAGCUUGCCACGAACGCGACGGAGCACGGCGUCCACGUGAUCAUCUACUCAGGCAACGACGACUCGCUCGUCUCGCACAUCUCGUCCGAAAUCGUCAUCCAGAACACGACCUUCGGCGGCAUUCAGGGCUUCACGCAGCCGCCCGCGACGCCAUGGUUCGGCGACGACGGCGUGUUCGCGGGCAUCGCGCACCAGGAGCGCAACUGGACGUUCAUCCUCGUCGAGAACGCGGGCCACCUCGUCGCGCAGCAGCAGCCUGAGCGCGCCUUCGUCUUCCUCCGCGAAUUCGUGCUCGGCAACAACCAGACCGGGCUCGUCACGAACAGCAGCGGGGGCACGGGCGUGAGCGUCGUCGGCGGUGAGGUCGCGUCGCUCGCAGGCUCGGUGCACCCCGGCCAGCUUGGCAUCUACGUUGGUUCCGGCACGACGCAGUCAACGUACACGUACCCGAGCGCGACGAUCGCCGCGUGGAACAGCUUCUUCGCGACCGUCACGUCGCAGAACGAGCUCGCGACCGCCAGCGCCAGCGGCAGCUCGCAGACGAGCGGCGCCGUGGCGCAGGUGGCCUCGCAGUGGUGGGUCGCCGCGGUCGGCGCCUUGCUCCUUGCAUUCUAGGACGAUGUAUAGGCGCGACGACGGACAGUGCUUACGACGGACAUAUGUGACGCUGUGCUACCAUCCAAAACCCAGAAUUGGUGGGAUAUGUAUUAACUAGAACGUAAAGCGAUCUACGUGAGUCUGUGUGUGCGGUCCAAAAAGUAAUGCAGUGAGUCCCAGUGUACUGAAUAAAUUAGAGCAUCAAAGCGAAGCCGGCCGCCGCGAGCGCGGUGGCUGCUGUAAAGAGGGAGAAGGCCAUAGGGUCCGCACCACUUGCGUUCGCACCUUUGCUACCUGAUGAGCUCGAGCUCGCGGCGGUCUCGUUGACGUGCGCGAGGGCAGCCGCGCGCUCGGCCUUGUAUGUCUGGUUCGUCGUCGUCUCCAUAUACAUGUCCGUCAUCGGGAUGCUCAUGCACUGGCCGAUCGGCUUGAGCGUGAACGGCGGGUUGUGAGUCAUCGCGGCGUUGAGCGUGAAGCCGACGGCGAGGUCGACGGUAAUCUCGAACAGGUCAUGCUCUAGGACGAUGAGGCCAGUGUUGAUGGCGGUAGCGUUACCAAGGAUGGCCUCGAACGACUCGAACUGCUGGAUGGCGUUCAUCUGACCGCCCGCAACACGCCAGUCAUUGGUGUCGAACUUCUGGCCAGAAGGCGUGGCAGUCCAGAUGAUAGGUGUAAGACCCAUGGCGAGCGAAAUAGCGCGAACUCGGUUAUCGAUAUCACCAUAAGGCGGGCGCAUCGUCGUGGGGGUGACACCGAGGACUCGUUUGAUUGCCUCACGACUCCAGCCCAGCUCUGCG